AUGCAGCAGAGUCCAAGAAAAUCCUUACAAAAGUUAGUUCAGCAGCAAGAUCUUAAUGUUAUUCGCACAGGAGUUUACCAAAGACUCUUCCAUCCAGAUUCUCUCUUGACAGGAAUUGAAGAUGCUGCCAACAAUUUCGCUCGAGGAUACAUUACAAUGGCUUGGCAGGUGUUAAAUUCUGUUACAGACAUAGUUGAAAAAUUAGCUGAGAACUGUGAUGGCCUACAAGGUUUUAAUAUUUCGCAUAGUUUCGGUGGUGGAACUGGAUCAGGAUUUACGGCUCUUCUCAUGCAAAUUUUGAGUGAACAUUUUCCCAAAAAAACAAAAAUUGAUUUCGUUAUUUACCCUUCUCCCAAAAUGUCUAGCAGCAUGGUCGAGCCUUACAACUCAUUGCUCACCACACAUCUCACACUUGAAGACAUGGACUGUAGCUUUAUGUUUGACAAUGAAGCUAUCUAUCGAAUAUGUCAAAGCAAACUCUCCUGUAAGAAUCCCAGUUUUUCGAACAUUAACCGUAUCAUUGCUCAAGUACUAAGCUCAAUUAGUGCUCCUUUGCGGUUUGACGGUACUCUACGAACUGAUCUCACCUCCUUCCAGACAAAUUUAGUACCAUAUCCCAGAAUUCAUUUCCCAGUGGUCACAUAUGCUCCUUUCCUACCUCCAGAAAAAAUGCUUCGUGAGACUGUUACAUCAUUAUACUUGACUAGUCAGUGUUUUCUCCCAUCAAGCCAAAUGAUCAACUGUGAUACAUAUUCAGGUAAGUAUAUGGCCUGCUGUAUUCUCUAUCGAGGAGACAUUGUUCCAAGUAAAGUGAACAGUGCAAUCCAGAAGGUCAAAUCUAUGCACAAUGUGAAGUUUGUGGACUGGUGUCCAACAGGAUUUAAGGUUGGAAUCAAUAACAGCACCCCUCAUGCUGUACCUGGAGGUGACUUAGGGAGCACAACCCGGGCUGUGUGUUCGUUAAGUAACACAACAGCAGUGAGAGAUGCUUGGGCACGUCUUGACUACAAAUUUGAUUUGAUGUUCCGUAAAAGGGCUUUUUUGCAUUGGUACCUUUCAGAGGGAAUGACAAUGGACCAAUUUACUGACACACGGGAGAAUUUGGCAUGUUUAGAGAAGGAUUAUGAAGAAGUGGGAUUUGAUACGAAAAGUGACAGUGAUGACGAUAUUAAAGACGAUGAAUAUUAA